AUGAUGCUGGCACAUAACUUUAUGGCUACACUUGUGUUUACCUUUGCGGCUGCCACCAGUGCCCACACUACUUUCACGGCCCUCUUCGUAAAUGGCGUCAACCAAGGUGAUGGCACUUGCGUCCGCCAGCCAAAGGAUCCUCAGACGUCGACUUUCCCACUACGGGAUCUGACCAGCACUGAUAUGAUUUGUGGCAGAGACGGGCUUGCUUCUGUCAGCUUCACCUGUACCGUUCCGGCCGGCGCCACGCUGACCUUUGAGUUUCGCGAGAACCCCGACGGAUCCAAACCGGGUACCAUCGACCCAUCCCACAAAGGGCCUUGUGCCGUAUAUAUGAAACAGAUGGCCAGCAUGGGCACGAUUCUAUCCACGCCUACCGACGGUUGGUUCAAGAUCUGGGAGCAGGGCUACAGCGCCGACACGAGUCAGUGGUGCACCGAGAAGCUCAUCAAAUCCAACGGCCUGCUCUCUGUUGCACUGCCACCUGAUAUCCCAGAUGGCAGCUACCUUGUGCGGCCACAGCUUCUGGCGCUGCAUGAGGCACAGGUCAGCGACCCGCAGUUCUACGUUGGCUGUGCGCAGAUUUUUGUCACCGGCAGCAGCGGCAGCGGGGAUCUAUACGGAACAAUUCCCGAAGGAUACGAGGCCACAAUCCCCGGCUAUGUCAAAGCAGGAGAUCCUUCCGUGACGUUUGAUAUAUACGAGCUCAUGUUCCCUUACCAGGUUCCGGGGCCGUCGGUGUAUUUUCCCACGGAACGCUCUGACAGGGGCAACUCUGCUGCUUCUGCUGCCUUGGUAAAGGCGGUUCUCAGUUCAGGCGACCUCGCCGUGUCCCGCAAAGCCAAUGUCGCGUUUGUGCCCCAAAGCUGCCUCAUCAAGAACGCUAACUGGUGCGGCGUCGAGGUUUCCACCUACUCCACGGAAAGCGGCUGCUGGGACGCCUCAGCCGACUGCUUCCACCAGGAGGGGGUCUGCUAUGAAUCAGCACCACCUUCAGGCCACGCCAAUUGUGACGUGUGGGACAAAAAGUGCUUGGAGAUACAGGCUGCUUGUGCGGCUGGGAACUUUGAUGGACCACCCAACACGGGUCGUAGGCUGCAGCAGGUAGAGGCGGUCGUUCCUGGAGCCAUCCCGUCGCCCGAUACUGGUUUCGCGACUCCACCGGCUAGUGCUGGUAUUGGAAGUCAGGGUGCCGCCGCCCAACUCUGCCUUUACACCUCAUCUCUUCAUUUCGGCGGCUUGCUUGCUGCUGAGGACGAGUAUCGGCUGUUUCCAGGCUUGGUUUUGAGCCGCCGGUGCCGAGGAAGCACAGCAGGACAACGAGCACAUACGCUUUAG